AUGGCUUGGGUUCCGGAUACCAACUCGAUUGCUGAGCCAAUUGACGCUAUCUACAACCGUCUAAAGCUCAAUCGGCCAGAUUACGGCCAACUCUCAGCUGAAGAUUGUAUUCGCCUCAUCAAACAGGUUGCCAAAGGAGCGCGAGAGGAGCCGCACCGUAUACGCUUUAGAAUCAUCAUCGAUGCUCUUGAUGAGUGUGAGGACGCUCAGGAUCUACUAGAAUACUUAUAUCAAGCCAAAGAGUCUUGCGGCAAUAUCUUCUUCAUGUUUUCUAGCCGACCCGAUAUCCAGAUUCCUCAACGUUCCUUGCCCGCCACUAUGGUGAAGAUUGAGGCGGAUAAAUCGUUAGAGGACAUGAGAUUCUUCAUCCGUCAUGAAAUUCAGCGUAGAAACACAAAAUUGCCUGGAAACAAACGAUCAGAGCUGGAAGACGUAUUACAGAAGGAGCUCUUUGAAAGGGCCGGUGGAAUGUUCCGUUGGACUCAGAUACAGCUGGAAGAUUUUCUGCCGUCGACCCAAAAUCGUCCCAAGCUUCAUAGUAAAGGAGAUUUCUGUAAGAGGAUUCGAGAUUUGCGCGAGCGCGCUGGUGCCGAAGAUCUAGACCGAGAAUAUGAGCGAAUAUACGAAGCGAAUACUCGGCCCGGUCGUCCCUCUCGAGAAGACGCCAAGAAAGCUUUCAGGAUCUUGCUUUGCUGCUUCGAACCGUUGAGCUUAGAUCAGCUUGCACAAGCCACUUUAUUGGAAGAAUAUGGGGAAGAGUCUUCGGAGUCUAGUGGCGCCUACAUCCGUAACAUUUGCUGCAACUUUAUCGUUGUGAGUCAUUCCGUUGUUCAAUUUGCCCAUGUUUCUGCACGAGAUUAUCUUGUAUCCCGGAAGAUACGUGCAGUGAACGAGUUUGAUGCUGCUUCACAGCAUCAACAACCGGCAUUGAGCUCUCUUCAGUUUUUGGAAAGUCAUUGUGGUGAGAUUUUGAAGCACAUCAAAGAGGGACAAUUCAAGUCGGUCGAACCUUAUCUCUAUCCGGACGAACAUAUACGUAAUCAGGUUGAGCGGUCCUUACCAGUUGAGCUUCGUUUCGGCCUCUAUGCGGCAACGCAGUGGGCAGAACAUGCCUCCAAGAUUCCAGCGUCAGUCCGAAUGAGCAAAGGCCUCUCAAGCCAGAUCACUCGGUUCCUUUACUUGCCCAUUUUCCAGGACUGGCACCUUUUGACGACAAGACUUCGCCGAAUCUAUGGUUUUAGCUAUGAGAUAGAGGCUAGCAUAGGUACAGUACUUGUAACCCAGGUGCCAUCCAAACCUAACCCACUGUGCCUUAUUUCGGCCUUUGGCUUUUCCGAUUGUCUUGAAUUUGACGACAUUAAUAGCAACUCUUUCAAAGUAGGCACCAAAUCGGACUACGACAUGGCUCUGACUACGGCUUGCUUAUUCGGGCAUGCAGAGGUUGUGUCAAAAAUUUUCAUUGAGCUUCCAAAGCACGCUGGCGUCAAUCGAGUCGAUUUUGACAUUUUAAAGGCAUGGGAUGGAACUAUGGCUUCUUGGGAGGGGAAGGACAUCAGCGAAAUUGUCAGGCUAUUUCUCGAGCAUGGUGCAAUCGCAAGAAAGCCACUGGUACACAAAGCUUUACAAACAGCUGCUAUCGAGGAACGUCUUGACGUUCUUUUAAAAGUGGUGGAGCAAAUGAAAAAAGAGUAUGAUGAUCGAGAGAUACUGAAGAUCAUGUCGCAAACCGCUUUUGAAUCGCUCCCAUGGAUGUGGUAUCAGCUCCCCGAGCAAUACCAUCUGGCUGUGGAGUUCUUUUUAGGCCAGAUGGGUGCGAGAGAAGCUGAUCGGAUCUUCAAGCUUAAAACCUACAAUGGACAGUUACUUGGUGAAGUCAUACUGCUCAAUGCAUCAAAACAAGGCUCGUUCCAGACUUUCGAACUCAUGACAGAAAAGUUUAAAGUGCCUCUCAACGUAAAGAAUGAUGAGGGAGAUACUGCAUUACACCUUACUCCAAGUACUAAAAUUGCAAAUUAUAUACUUUGCGAAGACAAAUUCAUGGUGUCGGUGCGAAACUCAGAAGGAUACACCCCUAUAAUGACAGCAUUAAGAGCGCACAGUCCGGAAGUAUGGAAAACGAUAUCGAGGCAUGGAGGAAAUACCAACGAACGUACCAGAGGUGGUAAGACUGGACUCCAUCUCCUGUCUAUGUAUGCGGCAUCGAUGAAUAGUGGUUCUGACUCUGACCGAUUCUUUUCGGAGUAUUACUUGAAGCAGAAUCUUGCAGGCAUCAAGGACAGUGAGGGGAACACAGCCCUGCACCUUGUGAAUUACAGAUGGUGCGGCCAAUGGUUUGAUGGGGGGGCCGAUUAUAUGCUCAAGUUGAUGCAAGCAGGUGAGACACUGCUGGCCAGGGAUAAUAGGGGCGAGACAGCCGUAGAGAGGAUAUUCUCCUUUGAUUUUCAGCUGGAAACGUCCAAUUUACCAGUGCCGAAAAGGCUCAAACCCCAGUUUCACAGGAUCAUUAUCCAUUUCAUGGAGGAGUUGAGACAGGAAGAGAGAAAACGUCUGCUUCGUGAGAGCCAGUGGGCAAAGGACGAAAUCACGUUAAAUGGCUUGGCCAUAUUGCGGGAUAUUUGGCACCUCCUGCUUCAAGAGCCCGAAGGUGUCAACGAUGACUACAACAAGCCCAUCAAUGACGGCACUCUCCUUUGCCAGAGGACGUACUUUAGCUUCGAGUUGAGGCCCGGCAGGGAGCUUCCCGAAGUUAAAACCUACUUGCCGACAUGGAACUACGUACGGAGCGAUGUGGAGACCGUCCAGAACUACGAGGAGGUCUGUCGUAGAUGGCGGUUACGAGUAUGGAAAGGAGGGCAAAUACAAGGAGCUUUUCGAAAAUGCUUUGUAUGUCCACCUCCCAUCCUGAACGCAAACAGUCACCAACCUUUCAUCUUCAGUGGGCCUGUGAAUCACAGUCGUCCAAGGCCGGUCCAUUGCGAUGCCUCGUUCUUAUACUCCGAAAAGAAGGGGACAUAUCAGACACUGUAUUUCAGCCCACCGCUUGGAGACGAAGAGUACAAGUAG